AUGCAAGGCCCUUGUAUAAAUAUCCCAUUGUUAGGCCUUGGUUGCUAUCCUCGUCAACAUAUGCACGCGACGUACACCACAUUACCCAACAACAUGAGUUCUCAUCUUCAACACUUAAGAUUGCUAUACCAUCGUGCUGCCAACACCCUCAUCCUGCGAAUUGCCAUUGCAACUACACUCGCUGGUGCCGUUCUCACAAAGGUUACACAAGGGGUUGUCUCUGCACACCAGAUUGUGCCUCAAUCCAGUGCUAUCUGUCCCAUCCACCUAUUCCUCGUCGUCGUUCUUUUCAUCGUCACAGCAACAUUCUACCUUGCACUCCGUCCUAGAACUGUAUACCUCGUUGACUAUGCUUGCUUUGUGGCAAGCUCCAAGUUUAGAUACCCAAAGGCAACCUUGCUUGAGCAUGCACAUCUCUCGCCUUUGCUAGAUGAUUCUACUACCAACUUCAUAGCUACUAUUCUGGAGCGCUCAGGCAUGAGCGACCAGACAUAUGUACCACCUAUACUUUCCUAUAUAGAGCCAUAUUGUGGGCUUGAUGAAGCACGCGCGGAAGCAGAGUUGAUCAUGUUCCCGGUCAUUGAUGAACUUUUUGCCAAGACAUGCAUCAACCGUGAUGCGAUCCGUGUUCUUAUCACCAACAGCAGUGGGUUUAGCCCAGUACCAUCCAACGCUGACAUGAUUGUGCACAGAUACAAGUUGCGAAGUGAUAUCCGCCUCAUGAACCUUUCAGGGAUGGCGUGUACUGCGUCAGUGACUGCGGUGGGAAUUGCGAGCAACAUGCUGCAGGUCAUGCCUUGGGGGUCAUACGCAUUGGUGUGCGCCAAGCUCUUGUCGACUUCUAGGUCCAAGGCUCGAUUUCGGCUUGAGCAUUUGGCCCGGACGAUCACUGCAGCAAAUGAUGCUGCCUACCGGUGUGUUUAUCAAGAGGAAGAUGAGAAGGGAAACUUUGGGACUGCUCUCUCUAAAGACCUUAUGGGUGUCGCUGGAGAUGCACUGAAAGCAAAUAUCACGGUAACCGGACCUCUUGUCCUACCGGGGUCAGAGCUUCUCAGAGUUUUGCUCUAUCGCAUGGCAAAAAAGGUGAUCGGCUCAAGGAGGGCGAGACAAUCCAUCCCCAACUUUUGUCUUGCAUUUGAGCAUUUCUGCAUCCAUGUUGGUGGACCAGCGGUUAUCACCUCAGUACAACAUGGACUCAAUCUAUCAGAUAAGAACGUUGAGGCAUCGCGAAUGACGCUACAUCGAUUUGGAAACCAGUUGAGUGCAUCGGUGUGGUAUGAGUUGGCAUACAUCGAAGCUAAAGGCCAGAUGAAGAAAGGCAAUAGGGUGUGGAUGAUUGGGUUUGGUGCAGGGUACGAAUGCAACACUAUUGGGUGGAUGUGUAUACAACCAUCUUCUGGUGCACAUGGACCCUGGGCUAGCUGCAUCCAUCGUUACCCAGUGGAUGUCUCCAACAAAGUUUAA